AUGCAUGAGAAGAGGGGGAGAAAAGACAGGAGUGGUGGAGAAUUUCUUGUUUUGGCCAGUUCUUUAUCCAGUUAGUGUCUUCUUCUUGAGAAGAUGAGGGUGUCUAGGAUUAGCUGGAGUUAUUUCUUUGUGCUGAGUAGUAUUGUAACUCCUGGAAUAAGUGGACACAAGGAAUCUCAGAAAGAAAAUGUUAGAUCUUUAAGACCACGACUCAAGAGGGAUUGUGGGCUGUCACAUACAAAAAUCGAUGGAAGGGCAAUGUGUCAAGGCGGAGAGCUUUUCCGAGAAUCUUUUUCCGGCAGUAGCUUGGAUAUGACAAAAUGGAGCUAUGAAAUGAUAAUGUCAUCUGAACCUAAUUAUGAAUUUGUUGUCCUAGACAAUCAACUGACAUCAUCGGUGUCUGAUGGGAGUUUUAAAAUAAAACCAAUACCUUAUGAAGAUGAAUUUGUUAGAAGCGGACGUCUUGAAUUAACUAGCUGUACUGGACGUCAGUUCACAGAUGAAUGUGUUAAAUCAGCAAGAGGAUUUUCUAUUCUUCCACCAAUCCGAUCAGCGAGAAUCACAACAAAGAAUUCUUUUGCAUUUACGUAUGGAAAGGUGACCGUAAGGGCCAAAUUACCUCUUGGAGAUUGGAUUCUUCCAGAAAUAUGGUUGGAACCAAAGAGAAGAACAUAUGGUCCCUCUUUUGCUUCUGGAAGAAUACGUAUUGCUGUCGCCCGUGGCAAUCAAGACUUAAUAUCCAACCAAAAGCAAAAGAUAGGUAUAAAUUAUCUUCAAUCAGGUAUCAUCAUGGGAACACCAGAUAAAACGAGGGCAAGAAAUACAUUCGAGGAAUCUGAUGCUGGUUGGCAUUCCGAUUUUCACAACUUUACUCUAAUAUGGAAACCAGAUGAAAUAUCAUUUAUGAUUGAUGGUGAAAACAAAGAAGCCAUUAUUGAACCUCAAGAUGAUAGGCUUUCAGAUCUUUUGGGCUUUGCUGAAAAUGAGUCAAUUAAUUGGAAGUAUGGAACAAAAAUAGCUCCUUUUGACCAUGAUUUCUAUAUAUCACUGGGAUUAUCAGUUGGUGGAAUGAAAGAUUUUCCUGAUGAUUGUGUUAGUGGUGGUCAUCCUAAACCUUGGAGAAAUGAAGCAGUUAAGGCAAUGGUGAAUUUUUGGCAAGAUCGGGAACAUUGGUUACCUACUUGGAGUGAUAAAUCAACAUUUUUAGUAGAUGAAGUUACUUUCUUCAUAUCACUGGGAUUAUCAGUAGGUGGAAUGAAAGAUUUUCCUGAUGAAUGCGUUAGUGAUGGCCAUCCUAAAACUUGGAGAAACGACGCAGUUAAGGCAAUGGUGAAUUUUUGGUGA